GCAGUCGGGGCUCGCGGGCGGGCAGCCCGGUGCGGGAGCCGGAGCUGAGCAGCAGCACGGUGGCGGAGGCGGGAGAAGGAGCAGGAGGAGGAGAAAGAGAAAGGCAGCUGGGAGGGAGGGAGCGCCGGGCCGGGGACUCGCAGUGCAAAUUCGCCACUGUCCUCUCGCACCCACCAAGCGGCGGCGGCGUCGUCUAGAAAUAGGGAGCGAGAAAGAUAACAUUUCCCUGCUCCUGCACCAUGGUUUUGCGAAGUCGGCUUCUUCCUUGGAUUAUGUUGUGCUCCUUCUGGCUGCUCCGCUUUGCACACACGGGGGAGGCACAGGCUGCGAAAGAAGUUAUUUUACUGGACUCCAAAGCACAACAGACAGAGUUGGAAUGGAUUUCCUCUCCUCCCAAUGGGUGGGAAGAAAUUAGUGGACUGGAUGAAAACUACACUCCUAUACGAACAUACCAGGUAUGCCAGGUCAUGGAAUCGAACCAAAACAACUGGCUUCGGACUAACUGGAUUGCAAAAAGCAAUGCACAAAGGAUUUUUGUAGAACUGAAAUUCACUCUGAGGGAUUGUAACAGUCUUCCUGGAGUUCUGGGGACUUGUAAAGAAACUUUUAACUUGUAUUAUUAUGAAACAGACUACGAUACUGGCAGGAAUAUCAGAGAAAAUCAAUAUGUAAAAAUAGACACUAUUGCAGCAGAUGAAAGUUUUACCCAGGGUGAUCUGGGGGAGAGAAAAAUGAAACUUAACACAGAGGUGAGAGAAAUUGGACCUUUGUCCAAAAAAGGAUUCUAUCUUGCAUUUCAGGAUGUAGGGGCCUGCAUUGCUUUGGUCUCUGUGAAAGUCUACUACAAGAAGUGCUGGUCCAUCAUUGAGAACUUAGCUAUUUUUCCUGACACAGUGACUGGCUCAGAGUUUUCCUCUUUAGUUGAAGUGCGAGGAACUUGUGUCAGCAGUGCAGAGGAGGAAGCUGAGAACUCUCCGAAGAUGCACUGUAGCGCAGAGGGAGAAUGGCUAGUGCCUAUUGGAAAGUGUAUCUGCAAAGCAGGAUAUCAGCAGAAAGGAGACACCUGUGAACCUUGCGGACGUGGGUUCUACAAAUCAUCUUCACAAGAUCUGCAGUGCUCCCGCUGCCCUACUCACAGCUUUUCUGACAAGGAAGGAUCUUCAAGAUGCGACUGUGAAGAUAGUUAUUAUAGAGCGCCUUCUGAUCCACCAUAUGUUGCAUGCACAAGACCUCCAUCUGCACCACAGAACCUCAUUUUCAACAUCAACCAGACUACCGUGAGUUUAGAGUGGAGUCCUCCUGCUGACAAUGGGGGAAGAAAUGAUGUGACCUACCGCAUUUUGUGCAAGAGGUGCAGCUGGGAGCAGGGUGAAUGUGUUCCUUGUGGGAGUAACAUCGGAUAUAUGCCCCAGCAAUCAGGAUUAGUAGAUAACUAUGUCACUGUCAUGGACCUGCUAGCUCAUGCUAACUACACAUUUGAAGUUGAAGCUGUGAAUGGGGUGUCUGACUUGAGUCGUUCCCAGAGGCUUUUUGCAGCUGUCAGUAUUACCACUGGUCAAGCAGCUCCCUCACAAGUCAGUGGAGUAAUGAAAGAGAGAGUGCUGCAGAGGAGCGUGGAGCUUUCCUGGCAGGAACCAGAACAUCCCAAUGGAGUCAUUACUGAAUAUGAAAUCAAGUAUUAUGAGAAAGAUCAAAGGGAGAGAACCUAUUCAACAGUAAAAACCAAGUCCACUUCAGCUUCUAUUAAUAACCUAAAGCCAGGAACAGUAUACGUUUUCCAGAUUCGUGCUUUUACUGCUGCUGGUUAUGGAAAUUAUAGCCCCAGACUGGAUGUUGCCACACUAGAAGAAGCCACAGCCACUGCUGUUUCCAGUGAACAGAAUCCUGUUAUUAUCAUAGCCGUAGUCGCUGUGGCAGGAACCAUCAUUCUGGUCUUCAUGGUGUUUGGAUUCAUCAUCGGGCGAAGGCAUUGUGGCUAUAGCAAAGCUGAUCAAGAAGGGGAUGAAGAGCUUUACUUUCAUUUUAAAUUUCCAGGCACCAAAACCUACAUUGACCCUGAAACCUACGAGGACCCAAAUAGAGCUGUCCAUCAAUUCGCCAAGGAGCUAGAUGCCUCUUGUAUUAAAAUUGAGCGUGUGAUUGGUGCAGGAGAGUUUGGUGAAGUGUGCAGUGGACGUCUAAAGCUUCCUGGCAAGAGAGAUGUUGCAGUAGCCAUAAAAACUCUGAAGGUUGGCUACACUGAAAAGCAAAGGAGAGAUUUCCUGUGUGAAGCAAGCAUCAUGGGACAAUUUGACCACCCCAAUGUUGUUCACUUAGAAGGAGUUGUUACCAGAGGGAAACCAGUUAUGAUUGUAAUAGAAUAUAUGGAAAAUGGGGCAUUGGAUGCAUUUCUUAGGAAACAUGAUGGGCAAUUUACAGUCAUUCAGCUGGUGGGAAUGCUGAGGGGAAUUGCUGCUGGAAUGAGAUAUUUGGCCGAUAUGGGAUAUGUACACAGGGAUCUUGCAGCACGCAAUAUUCUUGUCAACAGCAACCUUGUUUGUAAAGUAUCAGACUUUGGCCUUUCCAGAGUCAUAGAAGAUGAUCCAGAAGCCGUUUACACUACCACUGGUGGAAAAAUUCCAGUGAGAUGGACAGCUCCAGAGGCCAUCCAGUACCGCAAAUUCACAUCAGCCAGUGAUGUAUGGAGUUAUGGAAUCGUUAUGUGGGAAGUAAUGUCUUAUGGAGAACGGCCCUACUGGGAUAUGUCCAAUCAAGAUGUUAUAAAAGCAAUCGAAGAAGGCUAUCGUUUGCCAGCACCCAUGGAUUGCCCAGCAGGACUACACCAGCUGAUGCUAGACUGCUGGCAGAAAGAACGUGGUGAAAGGCCAAAGUUUGAGCAGAUAGUUGGUAUUCUGGACAAAAUGAUUAGGAAUCCAAACAGCUUGAAAACCCCUCUGGGAACUUGUAGCAGACCAAUUAGCCCUCUUCUGGACCAGAACACUCCCGAUUUUACCACUUUCUGCUCCGUAGGCGAAUGGUUACAAGCUAUUAAGAUGGAAAGAUAUAAGGAUAAUUUCACAGCAGCAGGCUACAACUCUCUUGAAUCAGUUGCCAGGAUGACUAUUGAAAUCAAAAACAUGCCAGGUGCUUUGCAAAACAGAGAACAAGAAAAAUCCCUUUCCAGAAGAGAUGACUGCCUGAAUAGAAAUGACAUAAUGGCAGGAGACAAAGGAAGCAGAAAGGGGAAGCAAAACAAGAGAUAUAACCAUAAGAUCAUGAGAUUGGUUUGGAGGCACAGUGAACGCUAUGAGGCAUUUUUUUAAACCACAUAAGGACUGUAGUUGGGAUUAGAGGAUGGAAAUGUAGAAAAGAAGCAUGGAAAGGAAUGGAGAAGAAGGGAGGAACAGACUGGCAACAGGAGGAAGAGUAAACAGAGGUGUAUGGGAGAGGCCAGAACACACACCUGACAAACUGAGGAUUAUGACUAAUGCCAACAAUGAAAGACCACAUCUGAAGAGCAUGAUGAUUUCAGGAGGAAAGCGAAGCAGGACAUGGCGAUGCUGCUAGGGAGAGAAGAGCCAGCAAAGCUGCCCUGGAAGCCUGCUCUGGAAGCUCCUCAGACUAUUAUAACCCUGCUUCCCCAUCUUCUUUUUAGCUCCCCUCUUAUACACAAAAUAUGUAUAUGAAAGAGCAAAGGAGAAGGAGAAGCAGCUAAAUCAAAGAUUUUUUAAAUCCUACUUGGGAAGAAGCUUAAGCUGGGAUGAUACAGAUUUACUUCUACUAAUGAUGCAAGUGGCAGAAAGUAUCCUUUAGCCUUCCUUGUGCAGACAAAUCAAUGGAAGUCUUUCCCACUACUUACAAAUAGGUCCUGUUGAGAAACAGAAUUUGAAUAAGUAAUCUAGGACAUUCUGAAAUGUCAUUUCACACUAGAUCAGAAAGAAGCAGAAAUCAUAACAUUUACAUUAAAAUAAACAUGGAAGAAAAGCAUUGGAGUAGUUUCUUCUAAAGCUGAAAAUAAUCGUUUCAGUAUCAAAAAAAAUAAAAAUAAAAAUAAAUAAAAGUAAAAGAUAGGGGAGGGGGCAAUUUUUCACUGAAAAAAAAAAAAAAACAAAAAAAAAACAAAAAAAACCUAAAUUUUCCAUGAAAACACUGGGAAUUAUUUUAAUUAUGCUGAUUUGACUUUUUUUCCCUUAAAAAAAAGUGACACUUUUUAGAAGUAAACUGAAAAAUCGACAUUUUGAGACUGUCAGACGUUUUAAACUACCCUUCAUUAAUAAGAAAGCUUUAAAGUGGCCAGUCUAAUCCCUUCCUCACCUCCUUCUCCUCUGCUUCUGUGGUCAGACAUCUCUACUGAGUAGGUUGGAAAGAGCAAAACCAGUUUCUAUGUCUCCCAGAGAUACGAGAUAUUGCCAGCUUCUUUAGGAAUUAUUAAUUAGAUCUGUUUACAGGAAGUAACUUUGUUUUUGUUUUUUCACUACGGAGUAUGUCUCCAUUUAAGCUCUCAUCACAGCUCUUCCAUUUUGUCUGGGAAAGUUUGUCAGAAAGCAUACUGGAAAGCCUCAUGUUUCUGUAACCAAUUAAACUGUUUUUAGACAUAGUUAUAGUGUGGCAGAUGUAAUGGUAUCAUAGUUGAGAGAUUACUCAAGGUAAUGGAGUAAUCUAUUACUUUGAUAUAUAUAGACACUUUUUGCUUGGUACUUCUGACUUCAAAGUGUUCAUGUUUAGGGUACUAUAGAUAAUUACUACUUGUGUUUUUUAUAUUUUUAAUAGGUUUUAGGAGACAGCACUGGAUAUUUUGGUAGUUGUGACACCUUAUCAAUAUAUGGAUUUAGUCUCUUCUAGUAGUGGUUUAAGUAUUACCUGGCGGAGACAACAGCUUCAUUUAAGACUAUCCUGGUGACUCUAGAUAGAAUUCAAAUAAUUUGUUUAGGAGAUGAAAUACAAAAUCAUAACUGAAAUGUUACUAAUAAUCCUUAACUGGUUGGGUUUGCCCAGAAUUUGCUUGAAGAUUUUGGUAAAUGGUGGCUUACUGGAUUCUCAGCAGAAAUUGCCAAUUACUUUUUUUUCUUACUGUAUUCAGUUUGAACUUUGCUUAAGUUAACUGAACUCUUGUCACCUCAGGGUAUCAUUUCAGCAAUGAGUUUUACAAAACCUACUCUGUUAAUGUAGAGAUUUCAGCUAUUAAAGAACAUAACCCAUGCAGAGAGUUAACAAUGCCUAGCAGUGCUUGAAGAAUCAUGCCCAACUCAGUUAUUUCUCUCCACCAUUAUUGCAGUAAUAUUAGAUUUAAAUCAGAUACCCAUUGAGUCAGCUUACAAAAUCAAUCCCACAUACAUUCCUCUCUCUUGGAAUCAAAUGUGAUUCAAAGUUUAUAAAAUUCCACGUGCCACUGAAAUAAACAAUUGCAAAGCAGUGUCAUAUUAUCUCCCCAUAAUAAAAAAAAAUUUACAUUUAAUUUUUACUUGUUUCCUACAAAAGCAUAGUUGCAAUAACUUUUUGCAAUAUAGACUCAGCAUAAAGCAAUAUCAAAAUAUAGUGAAUAUUUAUAUAAAUUAUAUUUCACCAAGCUCUGGAUUUAGUAUAAUUCUCCCUACCUUCUGGUAUGGUAGCAGAUAGGGAAAGUAUGUGUAAGUUAACAGCUGGCAUUGAAAGAAGACUACUGUGUGACAUCUUCCUAUCCUAUCCUACUAAAAAGACAAAAAGGAAAAAAACAAAAACCAAAAACCUACCUUCCCCUCCUCGCCCCACUCCCCCCCCCCCCCCCCCAUCAUUUCCAUUGCAAAAUGUAACCUAAUCUCUGAAAAAUGUCUCUUCUGACUCCACACACUGAGCUGGAUGCCAGAUUUAGUAAAGGAUUCAGUAUGAGCUGUUUCAGUAGUCACAUGGAACUUUUCUUGCAGGAAAAAGGCUGGAGGGAAAAAAAAAAAAAAAAAAAAAAAAAAUUACAAUGUAUAUUGAGAAAGGGAGCAUGGUUAUUUUGACUGCAUAUUUUUUUUAACCAUGCCUAUACUUUUCUGGCAAACCUUUCCUGUUGUUAUCUGUCACCUUCUCCAAGAAGAUACUUAGUUCUGCAUAAAGUAAGAGUACCUGCAGUAACUCAACCCCAAGGUCCAUGCAGGCCUGUACCUGGCAAGCAUAGGGAGUCAUCCACUGUCCUCUGAUUAUAAUGUUUUCAUAUGUAAACUUCCAAGCACCUUCAGGGCUCUCCUACCCAGUGUGUACAGUUCAAAUGCUUCCCAAAUCAGGUGCUGCACUAUACUUCACAGUCUGUAUUUGUCCUAGAUCUGGUGAAUUUAUUUUCUCUUCAUGUCUCUCUUUCCCUCUCUGUUUUGACCUUUCUUCAGAAAUAGAAUGACCAGGGCUGCAUGAAUUAUUCAACAUAAGAGUGUAUGAUGUAUUUAUACAGUGAUAUAGCAAAACAGUGUAUUUAUACGGUGAGAUUAUAUAUAUAUAUAUAUGUUUUCUAUUUUGUUUACAGCUUUUUUCUUAAUCAUCCAAAUAUUUUGUUUCACAUUUUUACUUGUUGAUGAGUGCUUGACAUGAAGUUUUCAGAGAGCUGUCUAAUAUCAGUUUACGAUUUUUUUCUUCUCAAGCAAUAGUGAAUUGUAGUCCCUGUCUAUCUAUGUGUAAUUGGACUUAUUUUUUCCCUUGUAUGUUUCUUUGUGAUUUAUCAAAUUUCAUCACCACUUUAUUGCCAAUGGCAUUCCAAACUGUUAAAUCAUUUUGAAAUUCCUUACAGGCAGCUUCUGAUUUAACUUUUAAAAAUCAUUUUGUAUCAAAGUUUCUCAUCUGACAGUUCUUAGAUAUCAUAUUUCCCUUUACUACUAAUAAAAAUACUUUUGUUUAAAUCCUUUGCUUUAAUUGAUGCCUCAGAACCCAGGAAGCUUUGCACAUGCUAUUUUUUAAGGGGGGAGGCAGGAGGGAGAACACCUUAAAGCUAUUUUCAUUUGUGUUUAUUAAUUGGAAACCUUAAAAGUAUAAUUUAGAUCUUCUUAAUGCCUACUGAUUAUGACAGAGUGGUUUUACAAUCCUUAAAGUGAAAAAUUAUGAAGGGUAAUCCAUGAAAUGCAUUUAGGAAUAGCCUUUAGCAUCUUAAAUGCCCUGCCUCAUCUCAGAAAUUGUAAAUUCAGAUUGGGUUUAUCUCUCUCUCCAAUGAAAGAGUACAGCUGGAUAUUUAGCAACAAAAUCCACCAACUCUGACAUACUGAGCAGGGAACAGUCCAAGCAAACUAUGGAAAUAGCCAGACAGGGAAAAUAAAAUAAGGGAAAGAUGCAGUGAUUUAGGUAUAUUUUCCAAUACUCAUAGUACUAAGUAUGGUUUUGCAAGAUGUGACUCGUAGUUUCUCUCUCACUGUCGCUAUUCCUCUUCCAUAUGGGUUAAUGGCACUUUCCCUUGCAAUGAACUCUAGCGUGUUAUGUCUAUGCUCAACCUACUGCACCAAGGUAUCAGUCCCUCUCUUUCUGUACCAGUAAAUAAUGAACUUUCAGGACUAGGCAACAACUGAGUGGGCUAUGUAAAACUAUGUAGAACAUCUGUGUGAACACCCAAAGUUGCAUUUAGCCAUUUCUGUUCCAUUGCAAGUCUAAGCUGUAGUCUGUGUUAAAACAUUAGUGAAAGCAGUGAGAUUCUGAACCCUGGCUUAGUAAAUGUGUUAAACCUAAUUGUGUAAAGUGAAAUCUCUUCUGUUUGUUUCACAUCUUAACUUUAUUGAAAUGUCAUCAUAACAGUUAUCCAAAAACAAUGCUGUGUCUACAGCACAGCUAUGUUUUUUACCUUACAUGAAUACUGGGAGUACAUUACUCUAGACGGGAGAGUAGAUCCUGCGAGUUAUUAGUGUUCAUAUCAUACAGAAAUCUUAUAUAGUGGGGGAAAAUAUGUGGGUGGUGAUUGAAUUUAGUGUUUCUCAAGCUGAUUCGUAUCCUAGAUAUUUCAUAGGAGGUAUGAAGAUUUAACUUAUUUAUUUGAUUUUAGGAACCUCUUCCUUUGCUAAUAUUAAAAAAUAAAGAAAUGUGUAGUACUGGGCUUAAUUUUCUAUAGUCACAAAAAUAAUUAUUUCAAAAGCUAUGGCUAUGCUUGAAUGGAGAGUGACAAAAGAGGACAAGUUGUCAGAAGAGAUAUUUUAUAUUCCUAGAGAAAGAGAUAUAAAUGUCCAUCUCCUCCAUUAUAGAUGCCUGUAAGUCUUCUCUUUGAAUCAGUAGAACUUUGGGAACUAGUAAGCCAAAAAAUAAGAGGCUCCAUAAACUAGCAGAUUAAACUGCCAUGUAGUAUUUUAAAAAUGAACAAAACCUGAAAUGACUGUUUUAUCUACAUCUAAAAUCCUAUAUCAGCCUUGUUCCCACAUUUAUAAUUAUGUUCUUACUUUAUGUCCUAUAUGUUGGCCCAGUCUCCCUGCUUCUGCAUUUUUUGUUUCAUAGCUGCUAUAACUUUAAUGGGUUCCACUUUUUAAAUGACAGAUAUUAAUUGUGUAACAAUGGCAGGAAGCAAUAAAAUAAAUGACUGAACAGAAAUCUGGGAUUAAAGGAAAAGUCAUAAUAAAACCCAGGUUAGCUAAUCUUUCCCAGGAUGUAAUGGGUAACUGCAGCUCUUGGUACAUAUCAAUGCCAGAUUAUCAAGAAAAUGGAUUAUUAUGCACUGAUGAUAAAUAACAAUAAAAUAUUUCUGGAAGAUGCAUUAUGUUCAGGAAUACAAACUAAAGAACUGAUAGAAAAUCUGCUGUUUUAAACUUGAUUAAAAACUCAAAGUAGAACUCAAACUUUGAGGUGAUCAGUUUUAUUUUUCUUUUAUCUAGUUCUACCAUUGCUUGUUUGCACAAAGCCCUUUCGGAAAACACACUCCUUGUUCCCUGCCCAUAUCACCAGCACAUUCUGGCUCAUUUCUUUUUAUGUAGACUAGGAUCAAAGAAUGGAUAUCUGCAGUCUCAAGCCUUUGUUCUGCCUUCAGAUGGACUUCUUGCAUUUCUUCACGGGUUGUUCACCUGAGGUUCAUUUAAGACUUCUGUAUAUUUUAACUUAAAAUCUAAAUAUAAAAUAUAUUAUUGGGAGAUGGACUCAGUUUAAUCCUCUGUUUUAAUCCAAACUCCUAGAAUACAGGAAGUAAGAAUUGAUUCAGUCGUUAAAGAAAAAAAUAAAAAAAGAUUCAUCAUUCAGUAAAGGCAAAACAUUUCAUGUAGUAUACUUUUUGUAUCAAGGUUUCCAAAAGUUUGGGAACUCACCUUGAACUCCCCUUUUACAGGGAUCCAUUUUUUUUUAAGUAUUGAUUCUUCCGAACCUCUGAAACUCAAGAAUUCUCAGUUUAUUACAAACUGAGGUAAUAUAGAAAAGAAAUAUUUAGGCUAAAAGGAGCAACCUAGGCCAGUUCUCUUUCUUUCAUAUUAAGGACCUUGAUUCAUUUUAGUGUAUGUUAAAGCUCCCUUUUCCUUACAAAUACACAUACAGUUAUGCUUGUGGUGUACCUCUACACUUUCCUGAGUACCCAGGGAAGAUUCUCCUCUGAUUUAAUAUUAAAAAUGAACUUCUAACCAGUGGGCAGAAAUUCUCAUCAAAGGUGGAGUAUCAAGGAAAAGAAAUUGAGACAUUCUGUUUUGAGUUUUGUUUACAUAAAUAUUUAUGUAUUUAUUUAUUUUGGUCUCUAAAUAUUUAAUCU